AUGUCGACACCUCCGACUUACGUACCGGAGUUUAAGAACCCGUGCUGGUAUGAAUAUGGAAAUAUGAGUGAGCCAACGUUACACUGUUUACCGUUCUUCAUGAUUCUCGGACAGAAUAAAUGUGGAACUUCCGACCUGUAUCCUAGUAUACUUAACCACCCUGAUGUCAUUCCUGCUCGGGAUAAAGAACCACAGUUCUGGGCAAGACAUCGACAUUGUUACUGUAAGUAUGAUUAUCUCCCCUGCUUUUUGUUGUCCUGGAUUUUCGAAAUUGAUAGUUGUGGUAAUUUGACUUACAGUUUUCGCUGUAGAAGAAGUAAACCAUGGACCUUGAAUCAGUAUGUAGACUUUUUCAAGGCCACGGCAAAGAAGAUCAAACUAUUAUCGGAAUCUACAAUUCAGACGGAUAACAUGCACCACACCGAGUUUAUUACAGGUGAGGCCUCUCCCUCGAAUUUGUGGGACAACCGGUGGUGGUGGAAUUAUGACGUCAACCGGUAUGAUACGGAACCCCCGGCUCUGACAAACGCGGAUUACUUACGUCACUUCCUGCCAAAUCUUAAAAUGAUCAUCAUUCUAAGGAACCCUGUAACAAGGCUAUAUUCUGAUUACCUGUAUAUAAGUACAGGGAAAGUAUCGCCACAACGGUUCCACCAAGAAGUAGCAAAGGAAAUAAACUGGUUCAAGGACUGUAUAAGAUACCAUGAUAUUCGGUACUGCGUUUUCCGUAACUCUUUUAAUGAGGCCAAUGUCAGAAGUACGGCACGUCUCCAAAAUGGAUUGUACGCUGUGUUCAUAGAAGAAUAUAUGAAGUUAUUUCCACGGGAACAAUUUCAUAUUUUACGCUUAGAAGAAUAUUCCAAAAACAAGACUGGUGAAAUGAAAAAGAUAUUUCGAUUUUUAAAUCUCCGUGACAGUGAGGUACGCUUUACCUUUACACGUAGAAACAAGGGUUCGAGGAACAAAACAGACAUGCUUCCAGAAACAAAGGCUUUGUUGACUAAAUUCUACAAAUCUUACAAUGUUCGACUGGCAGAUUUACUUAGGGAUAGAAAAUUCAUGUGGAUUGACUAGACAUCCAAAUCUCUUUUUCAUCCUGAUAUAAACAGUUCAAGUUCACAUUUUAUAUAAGAUGUACUUCUUAUUUUCUAGAGAUUGCCUGUGUGUUAACAAAUUCAUAUUGCUUUAGGGAACGAGGAGUAAACGUCGGAGUUAAUGUGUAAAACGAGGCUGCGUUUUAGCAGUACAUAUUGAUUAAAAAUGAUUGAUUAAGCUGGUAGUAAGCGAGUCUAAUACCAAUCUAAUUAAAAUCUAGAUGGUCAUUCUCACUACCUUACAUGAACAUCUAACAACAUCCCAUACGGGGUCACGUCAGG